AUGGAUAUCGACCGUUUUAUUACAAUAAUUAUUCUAAUAUGUUCUGUACAAUUAGACUUAAUAAGCUGUGCGCUUGGUAGAUAUAAAUAUGAACUGACUUGCACAGAAGAUGAUUCAGAAUAUUUACAUUAUGGAGGUGAUGUCUUAUUAGGUGGUUUGUUUCCAAUCCAUCAACGUCGAACUAUUGAUAAAGGAAUAUUUCAGAAACCUCAAUUAACUGCAAACGGAUAUAAGCUUUUAGAGGCAAUGCUUUAUGCAAUCGAUAACAUCAAUUCACGUGAGAAUUACCUAAACUUUUCACUGGGAGCUUUAAUUUUCGAUACAUGUGAAAAUCCAGACAAUGCUUUUAUGCAAUCACUACGUUUUAUUGUUUAUGAUGAUCCGUUGGAGAAUGACACCAAGAAGACUGCUUUUGAAGAACAGUACAAUCACAGAUCUAUGGAAACUUACGUCACAGCUGUUGUUGGUGGUUUACAAAGUGAUGUAUCGAUUAGCGUGGCAAAUAUGUUGAAAUUCCUAGAUAUACCACAGAUCAGCUACAUGUCUGCUUCAUCACAAUUAGAUGAUGCAUAUAAAUAUACGUAUUUUAUGAGGACAGUUCCCAGCAUUAGUAUGACAACUGACGUGAUUAUUGACUUGUUGAGAAAGUAUCACUGGUUUUAUGUAAAUGUUGUACUGGACAGUUCCGAGCAUGGUGAAUCUAAUUAUGGUGUUUUUAUGGAGAAAUUAAAUGAAUUCAGUCAAAUUAUAUGUGUAGCUAAAGAUGUCCGACUGAUCACCUAUCCUUUAGAUGCCAACGAUAUUGGUAAAAGAUUGAAAACGUUAUUGGAUUCUCCAGCUUCAGUUAAUAUCCUGUUAGUAACAUCAUAUACUGCAAGUUUGGCCGUUAGUGAGCUUCUUAAAUGGAAUCAAUCGGAUCUUGAUCGAUUUCUUUGGAUUGGUACAAAUGGUCUUAUCUCAACUUUCAGAGAAUUAUAUUUAACUGAAGAUUUAGAUCCAGUGUAUGCAAAACAUUUUCAUGGAUUUAAAAAGUUCAUCUUAGUUUUACCACAUUUGACGGAAGAGAAGAAUAUGAAAAACUAUUCAAUUAACUUAAAAAGGACAUUCAAUUUAACGAGCUGGACAGAAUCUUACUUAAUGCAAUUUUGUGGCUGCUUACCAAACGUAAUUGAUUCAAGUAAUUAUACUGGUCAAGUUUGUAGUGCCAAUGAUGAACAUGAAUGCUUAUCAUAUCUUUAUAGAGGCUUUGGCAAUGAAUUGUUUUCAUUCUUCGAUAACCGAAAUGGUCAACCGAAUUUUACAAUAUUAACUUUUGUGCCAAAUACAUUUAAAUGGAAAGUAUUGGCUCAGUAUGAUGAAACAAGAUUUCCGAGAUUUUACUAUAUCAAUGAAAAUAUUUCAUCUUAUAUUCAAGAAACUAUUCCGGAAUCUGUAUGUUCUAAACCAUGUAAUGUUGGUCAAAUAAAACGUAUCGAUUGGGGUCGUUCAUGUUGUUGGAUUUGUAUAAAUUGUUCAUCUCAACAAAUUGUAACUUCAGUAAAUUUGAAUAAAAAUCCUAAAAAUACAAUAAAUAAUAAUGUUACUAAUAAAAACAAAAGUAAUCCAAUGGCAUCUCCUAUGUGUCAAUUUUGUAGUCCUGGUUAUAGGCCAAAUAAAAAUCAAACAAAGUGUCAACUAUUACCAAUAAAAUAUAUGUCAAUAUAUGAAAAAGUUGCACAAAGUUCCGUUGGACUAUCAUCAACUGGUUUAAUUCUUUGUUUAAUUGUAUCAGUUAUUUGUAUUAAGUAUUGGCAAACACCAAUAAUCAAAGCAUCUGGUAAAGAAACAUCUAUUAUAUUAUUUCUAGGCAUUAUAUUAUCUUAUGUAUCAGGUGAAUUAAUUCUUGCAUUAUCUCCAUCAUUGUUUAUUUGUAAUUUUGCAAUAUUCUCUGUUGGAUUUUGUAUUACACUUACAUAUUCAGCUAUUUUGGCUAGAAGUUCACGGAUCAAUUCUAUAUUUCAAAUAAAUGAAAUACAAUUAAUGAAACCACAGAAAAUCUCUGGUCAAAAAUCACAAUUUCUUAUUAUUGGUACAUCAUGUUUAAUCCAAUUCAUUAUAUUAAUUAUUAUAUGUAGUAUAUCACCAACUAUACCACAAUUAAUAUUAUCAGAUUAUGAAUUAAAUACACAAUUAAAAAUUGAUAAAAACUCUAUUACAAUAUAUGAAGAUGAUUAUAUAACAAGAAUUAAUAAACAUCAAAAACAAUUAAUAUUACAUGGAUUGCCUAAUAAUUUAAUAUUAUGCUUUCCAUAUUUCGAUAUUAAACAAAUUAUUAGUAUAUUUAUUCCGUUUAUAUUAAUGUGUUUAACAACUAUAUAUGCUUAUAAAAUACGUAAAGUUCCAAGUGGAUUUAAUGAAGCAAGAGCAUUAGCAUUUGUUAAUUAUAUUAAUUUUAUUUGUUUCAUUACAACACCUAUACUUAUGUAUUAUGCAAGUAAAACAAUAUUAGAAUUAGUACCAUUAAGUUUUUUAUUAAUUUCUACUGCAACUAAUGAAUUCAGUGUGUUAAUUUUGCCAAAGAUAUACAUUAUUCUAUUUCGACCAUAUAAAAACACAAGAGCCAGUAUUAUGCAACGUCUUAGAGGACUUAGUCAAGUCGAAUGUACGGAGUGGAUUAAUGAGGUUACGUCUAGGAGUUCAUCUAGUAUAUUUAGUAUAUCUAAAGGUAAAGUGCUAAACCCUUGGCUAAAAAUACGAGAACUAUCUUCAAAAUCUCUAGGUGGUCCAGCACCCAUAAUACACAAUCCAACAACACUGGAAAAUCAAAAAUCCAAGACAAUUAAUAAGUGUUUAAUUAAUGAAUUCUCAUGUGGCACAUCGCUUAUAAUACAGUGCUACAAUAUAAAAUCACCUACUAAACAAGUACAGGAGAAGAAUUUAAUUUCAUCUCAAAUGAGACCAAAAGUUGUUUCCUUUGUGGAAAAAUCCAAUACCGAAAAAAAUAACAAUGAUGAAUGGAUCACUUCACAUCAGACAAUGAAUUUAAUUAUGAGUGAUAAUAAUUGCCUAGCUGGAAAUAAUGUCGAUUCUAAAAAAGAUCACAAAGUUGAUAUCAAUAAUUAUGUAAACUAUAAAAACUGAAUACUUUAAAAGUAGUAGAUAAAAUACUGAUGGGGAUUUUCACAUAUUCCACUAAAAAAAAUAACAGCGUAGUAUAUUUGACGAAGAAAUUUCUUUUGUUUAUACUUUCCUUAGAUUCUUUUUUUUUACUUGAAAAUAAUCUUUCUUCCUUCAUAAUUUUUACGGAUCUUCAAAAUCAUGCAAACCAUAAUUGAUAUUUAUUUAUUUAAAAAGUUAAUAAUAAUUUCUUUUUAAAAAUACGUCUGUUAAUAAUCUUGAUUUGUUAAAAUGUUUCCAUUGCAAAAUUACUUACAUUGAUCAUUAAUUAGACAUACUUAUUGUAAAAACGAGUACAUGCAAAAUGAAACAAUGAUAUAGACUAUAAAUGUUAUUAUUCUAAUAUUUAAAAAUAUUUUCAGAUAUUUGUU